AAACAUUCCAUGUGAAUCUGAACCGGAUGUAUUGGUGGCAGCAGAAGAAGAAGACGAACACACUUACGCUUCACUCAGAGGGGGAAAAUGGCGCCCAGAUCAGAGGAGGAUCUCUGCUGCCCGGUCUGUCACGACGUCUUUAAGAAUCCUGUUGUCCUGACGUGCAGCCACAGCCUCUGUAAAGACUGUCUGCAGAGCUGGUGGAGACAGAGACAGACGCUCCAGUGUCCAGUUUGUAAGACGAUCACUUCAAACAAAACUCCUCCUUGUAACCUGGUCUUAAAGAACCUGUGUGAGUCCUUCUUACUGGAGCGAGAUCAGAGAGUUUCAGAGAACUUCUGCGUUCUGCACUCAGAGAAACUCAAACUGUUCUGUCUGGACCAUCAGGAGCCGGUGUGUCUCAUCUGCAGAGAUUCAGAGAAACACACCGACCACAGAUUCAGACCCAUCGAUGAAGCUGCUCGACAACCCAAGAAGAACCUUCAGGAAACUCUGGAGCCCUUAAAGGAGAAGCUGAAGAGGUUAGAACAAGUCAAAGAGAAGUUUGAUCAGACGAUAGAUCACAUUUAUUCUCAGGCGCAUCACUCAGAGACACAGAUCAUAGAGCAGUUCGCUCGGAUUCGGCAGUUUCUCGAGGAGGAGGAGGAGGCCAGGCUGGUGGCGGUGUCCGAGGAACAUGAUCAGAAAAGUGACAGGAUAAACGAGGAGAUGGAGGCUCUGAGCAGAGAGAUCGAAGCUCUGUCAGAGACCAUCAGAGCCACAGAGGACGAGCUGAGAGCCGACGACGUCUCGUUCCUCAGAAACUACAAGGCUGCAGUGGAAAGAGUCCAGCAGCGCCCCCUGCUGGACGAACCACAGCUGCCCUCAGGAGCUCUGAUGGAUUUGGCCAAACAUGAGGGCAACCUGCUCUUCAUCAUCUGGAACAAGAUGAAGGACAUGGUCUCCUACAGUCCUGUGAUUCUGGACCCAAACACUUCAGGGAAUUCUCUCAUCCUGAUGGAGGAUCUGACCGCCAUGAGAGAAGCAAAGGAGCAGCAGCUUCCUAAAAACACAGAGCGGUUUGAACAUCCCUGCUCUGUCCUGGGCUCUGAGGGCUUCGACUCAGGGACUCACAGCUGGGACGUCGAGGUUGGAGACAGUACAGCAUGGGGUACGGGUGUUUUUGCAAAGUCUGCCCAGAGGACACAAAACACACAGAAUGGAUUAUGGGUAAUAGAGUUCCAUAAGGGUAAAUAUUUAGCACGUUCACCGUCAGCUUCAACAAUUCAUCUCAAAGCGGAGAAGCCGCUCCGGAGGAUCAGAGUGAACCUGGACUGGGACAGAGGAGAGCUGACGUUCUCUGAUCCUGAUUCUAACACACACAUACACACCUUCACACACACCUUCACUGAGACGAUGUUUCCAUUCAUGGCGUCUGUGACUAAUCUGAAGAUAUCACCGCUGCAGGUCUGUGUGACACAACAACAGGUCUGAUUUAAAAAACAGAUCAAUAAGACAGCGAGGGUUAAAGGACCAAUCAGUGAGCUGUGUAGAGAGUGAGAUGAUAAAGGUAUCUUACUAUCUGAUCAUUAAGGAAACAUGUUGAAGUGCUGGCUUCUCUGACAACAAUGCAGCAGCCAGUAUGUCCUCCUUCUAACUUUAGAUUCUGCUCCUGAAUGCUCUGGAUUUGUUUGGACCAGAGAAGGUAGGCGCUUCUAAGGCCCCCCCCUACACGGCCGUUUUGGACACCCCUCGGUUUGUCAGAUAUGAGAGCAGUUAUCAGGUCAACAGGUGUUGCAGAGAUGGAAGCGGGCAAGAGAAGUGGUUCAGAUAGAAGUGAUUGUACCCGACCUAAAAAGCCUCUGCAUGUUUCUAAUAAGCUCCACGAGCAGAAACGUGCUCAAACUAGGAUCAAUAUUGGAGAUGCUUUUGAAAAAUGGAGAGAGGUUAGAACACAGAAAGGUUUACAGACCCAUGCAGAGCUGGAUAAACACUGAAGCUUCAGAGUCCACCACAUGGUGACCUGUGUGAGCAUGGACUCUAGAGAGGAGGGGGGGGGGGGACAGCUCUCUAAUGUUUUUAAUCCAGACUGCAGUACUCAUUUUAAACACUAGGGGUCAGAGUUACAGACUGCUCCUUUAAGAUAGUAUCUUAUGUCUGCAGCCUGUAAAGCUCAUGUUGUGUCACCUAACACUAAUGCAGACUUUAUUUUUAUAUUUCUGACUGUUAGAGUCUUAUGAAGAGAGGAAACAGGUUAAACCGGUCUCCCUGUGUGAUGACUUCUGUUGUGUUCAACAUGCAGAUUUUCACUCUGUGGCGUUUGACCUCCUACCAGCUACAGUGCGGAAGUCGAACUCUCAGACCACAUUGAUAGUUGUGUGUUGAGUACAGACCCGCGGCCUUUUUGGCAGCUCUCACUUCGUCUUUACCGCCUGAAGCUGAAGAAAUGUUCGCUGAGGGUUCAACUUCUACUUAAAGGGAUACUUCACCUGUUUGCAUUAAGCUUUGUGUCAUUAGAAACCUGGUAGUAUUUUUGAAUGGUCGAGCAUCCUGUGUUCGGAGAAUACUGAGGGUUCAACUUCUACUUGAGUUAAGUUCAGACAUUUUGAUUGGGUAGUCGGGCAGCUCGUUAUAGGGAGAGAAGCUGACCUUGUGAAAAGUUUUCUCUUUUAAAUAUGUUUUUAUAUUAAAAGUACAGAAAUCAAACCAGAUAAAUGGAGUCUGUUUUUUAUCAACAUAAUCGACCUGUAUGAUACAAAGAAGUGUCCGAUGUGAUGACUCUGUUCUCUAAGAAAUAUUAAAGACUUCAUUUCAUCUGUAA